AACAAAGACUCAAAAAAAUGUAAAAGGUUCUAAUUUACCCUUUGAACGCAUUUCCGUCCCACUUCCAAUACGCACCAAACAGCUGUUGCGUACAUGCCGAAUGCGUGUUGUGAUGCGCGGCCGUUAUGUCACAGGCAGGCUGUCAGUUGACAGCUGACAGCAAACCACACACUCGCAAGCGGAGAGCAAAACAUCAACACCGUCCAACAACGGAAUCGUUCCUCCUUUGUGCAAUUGCGUUUAAUUGCAGCAGCAAAUAAUCAACAGACAAAAUGGCCCAACUUGUGAGACAGCUAGGGAAGGCCGCGGCCGGGUCAGCACAUCUAUUCCAACUGUCCGUACGGCACAUGAGUGUGAUGGCGAAGGUGCUGCGGUACGGUGAGUUUGGUGAGCCGGCAAAGGUGCUGCAGCUGCAGGAGGAAUCCGUCCCGGACCCGAAGCAGGGCGAGGUGCUGAUAAAAACACUCGGAGCGCCAAUCAAUCCGGCCGACAUUAACACCAUUCAAGGAAAGUAUCCAGUAAAGCCGACCUUUCCUGCCGUCGGGGGCAACGAGUGCGUCGGUGAGGUGGUCGCUAUCGGUGGCGAUGGUAGCGGCAACAGUCUGAAGGUGGGCGAUCGCGUUGUACCGUUCGCUACCGGGCUGGGCACCUGGCGUUCGCAUGCCAUCUACGCCGCGAACCAGCUGAUGAAGGUGCCGGCAAGCGUCGGUGUGCCGGAGGCGGCCACCAUCACCGUCAAUCCGUGCACCGGCUACCGGAUGUUGAAGGACUUUGUUGCGCUAAAACCGGGCGACACGGUCAUACAGAAUGGGGCGAACUCGGCCUGCGGCCAGGCCAUCAUUCAGCUGUGCCGGGCCUGGAACGUGGAGUGUGUCGGGGUAGUGCGCGAUCGGCCCGAGUUUGCGCAACUAAAAGACCACCUGAAGGGGCUCGGAGCGGCCGAAAUACUGACCGAGGAGGAACUGCGCACGACGAAGCUGUUCAAGGACGGCAUCUUUCGCCGGCCCCGGCUAGCGCUGAACUGUGUCGGCGGCAAGAGCGCGCUGGAGCUGGCGCGCCAGCUCGACCAGGCCGGCGUGAUGGUGACGUACGGCGGCAUGUCCCGCGAGCCGGUGACCGUGCCGACGGCGUCACUGAUUUUUAAGGAUCUGCGCUUCGUCGGCUUCUGGAUGACGCGCUGGACGAAGGAGCACGCCGCCAGCCCGCUGCGGAGUGAAAUGUUCAACGAGCUGUUCGGGCUGAUCGAUCGGGGCGCGCUGAAAGCGCCGGCACACGAGAUGAUCCCGUUCGAGGAGUACAGCGCGGCGGUAACGAAUGCGCUCAAUAUUCAGGGUUUCGUUGGGAAAAAGUAUAUCUUUCGGUUUUAAGGGAUGCGUGGGUGUGUGUUUGUGAGAAGAAGGUUGAAGCGAUACUGCACAAGUAGCUGAUCCGGUUUAGGUGGAUUGUUUUACUGCGAGUUCAGGAGAGAGUUGAUAAUGAUACAAGAAUUGCGAUCGCUUCGAUCAGUGAUUGGCAUGUGAUUAAAACAUAAUCGUAGAAAUUAAAAAGUAAAAUGAUUUUAUUUUUCAGUGUUAUGUUAGUGAAGAAGGACUUUUUUAAUAUCUCGAAAAAAUGUAGUUAAAAUCGCAAUGCCAUUCGUUCUGUUGUAGUCUAUAUUCUUGUUUUUAUAUUUUUAGUGCAUGUGAAAGAUUACGAUAGUAGAUAGUAAGCAUUUAAAUAUAAAAUGCCAUAAAAUACAUAGAAA